GCCUCGGAGCCAGAGGUUUCCCGGAGAGGAAGGCGUGGCUCCCUCCCCGGCCAGGGAGCCCCGGCGCCGCCGCGGCCGCGGUCCCAGUAGCGGAGCAGGGCGGCGGCUGCGCCCCGCACCAUGGAGGGCAGCCCGGCCCCAGCCGCUGUAGACGCCGACCUCCGCCGCCGCCCACGCCGCGUCUGCCCGCUCGGGCUGCGGCUCUCCGGACGCCAUCCCCUCCUCACCUCGAAGCCAACAUGAAGGAGACCCGGGGCUACGGAGGGCAUGCCCCCUUCUGCACCCGCCUCAACCACUCCUACCCGGGCAUGUGGGGGCCGGAGCGUUCCGCCGAGGCGCGGGGCAACCUCACGCGCCCCCCAGGGUCCGGCGAGGACUGCGGAUCGGUGUCCGUGGCCUUCCCGAUCACCAUGCUGCUCACCGGUUUCGUGGGCAACGCACUGGCCAUGCUGCUCGUGUCGCGCAGCUACCGGCGCCGGGAGAGCAAGCGCAAGAAGUCCUUCCUGCUGUGCAUCGGCUGGCUGGCGCUCACCGACCUGGCCGGGCAGCUUCUCACCACCCCGGUGGUCAUCGUGGUGUACCUGUCCAAGCAGCGCUGGGAGCACCUCGACCCGUCGGGGCGGCUCUGCACCUUCUUCGGGCUGACCAUGACUGUCUUCGGGCUCUCCUCGCUGUUCAUCGCCAGCGCCAUGGCCGUCGAGCGGGCGCUGGCCAUCCGGGCGCCGCACUGGUACGCGAGCCACAUGAAGACGCGUGCCACCCGCGCUGUGCUGCUCGGCGUGUGGCUGGCCGUGCUCGCCUUCGCCCUGCUGCCGGUAAUGGGCGUGGGCCAGUACACCGUCCAGUGGCCCGGGACGUGGUGCUUCAUCAGCACCGGGCGAGGGGGCAACGGGACUAGCUCUUCGCAUAACUGGGGCAACAUUUUCUUCGCCUCUGCCUUUGCCUUCCUGGGGCUCUUGGCGCUGACAGUAACCUUUUCCUGCAACCUGGCCACCAUUAAGGCCCUGGUGUCCCGCUGCCGGGCCAAGGCCACGGCCUCGCAGUCCAGCGCCCAGUGGGGCCGCAUCACGACCGAGACGGCCAUUCAGCUCAUGGGAAUCAUGUGCGUGCUGUCGGUCUGCUGGUCUCCGCUACUGAUAAUGAUGUUGAAGAUGAUCUUCAAUCAGACAUCAGUUGAGCACUGCAAGACACACACGGAGAAGCAGAAAGAAUGCAACUUCUUCUUAAUAGCUGUUCGCCUGGCUUCACUGAAUCAGAUCUUGGAUCCUUGGGUUUACCUGCUGUUAAGAAAGAUCCUUCUUCGAAAGUUCUGCCAGAUGAGAAAAAGAAGACUCAGAGAGCAAUUAAUCUGCAGUUUGCAGAACCCCCAGAUACAGAGGGCAACUGCACAUUGUGGGCAAGUACAAACCUAUCGUGUGCUGGAACAGAGGAGAAAUGGAGGGACUUGAGAGCAGCGUUCAUGUACACACCAGAAUCUCAGCAGUAAAGACAGAAUAACAAUGAAGAAAAUAACGACAGGAGUCCUGUGUUUUAAAAAAGCAAGCUCCUCCAGCUGAGUCUGUGACUCUAAUCCCUGCUUAUUUUGAGCACUUUCCAUGUGUUGAUUGACUUGGAAAGGUGGGAGAUUACCAGCAAGCCAGGUCAUUUGGGCAAACAUGGGCAUAUUUUUAGCAAGGCUGAACAAACUGGUUGGUCACUCGAACUACCCAAUUUAGACUUAUGGUAAGAAUAGCACAUGGUUCAGAAUUGCCAAGACUGCUGCUUUAGUCAACAGAAAUUUUUUCAUAUGCAUGCUGGUAAUGCAGUGCGUCUCUGGAAGAAAUGCAAGAGUAUUUUAACAUUCGGUCCAGAAGAAAUAUGUAAAGGGUGUUUGUAGAAUUUGGUGCCCUCCUCAGUGACAUAAGGUUAUGGGUUUGUGAAUUGAAAAUCUGUAAUUUGUUCAAGUUAUUAAAACACAUUCUAAUUCAAAAUCA